UUCAGUUCCUUCCUUAGUUCAAAAAUCAAAAUACAAAACCCUCCAAAACAAACUCUUCUUUCUCUUUCUUUCAGUAGAUUCUGUCUUUGUUUUUCUUCAAAAUGUCCACUUUCGGUUCCGCCAAUACAAAUCCCAACAAAUCCUACGAGGUAACCCAGCCACCUGGUGAUUCAAUUUCCAGCCUUUGUUUCAGUCCCAAGGCCAAUUUUCUUGUCGCUACUUCAUGGGAUAACCAGGUUCGAUGUUGGGAGAUUGCAAGGAAUGGAACUGUUAUCAACAGCACACCCAAGGCUUCAAUAUCUCAUGACCAACCAGUUUUGUGCUCCACUUGGAAGGAUGAUGGAACAACGGUUUUCUCCGGAGGCUGCGACAAGCAAGUCAAGAUGUGGCCGCUUUUGUCCGGUGGACAGCCAAUGACUGUUGCCAUGCACGAUGCCCCCAUUAAAGAGAUUGCGUGGAUACCGGAGAUGAAUCUCUUAGCCACUGGGAGCUGGGAUAAGACCCUAAAGUAUUGGGAUACUAGGCAGUCAAAUCCAGUGCAUACUCAACAACUCCCUGAUCGCUGUUAUGCAAUGUCAGUGAAACAUCCACUGAUGAUUGUAGGAACUGCAGAUAGAAAUCUGAUUGUCUUCAACUUGCAGAAUCCUCAGACUGAGUACAAAAGGGUGGUUUCACCCCUGAAGUAUCAGACAAGAUGUGUUGCUGCUUUUCCAGAUCAACAAGGCUAUUUGGUUGGCUCAAUAGAGGGAAGAGUUGGAGUACAACACCUAGACGAUGCACAACAAAACAAGAACUUUACUUUCAAAUGCCACCGAGAGAAUAAUGAGAUAUAUUCUGUCAACUCUCUAAAUUUCCAUCCGGUACACCACACUUUUGCAACUGCUGGAUCUGAUGGUGCUUUUAAUUUCUGGGAUAAGGACAGUAAGCAGAGACUCAAGGCCAUGCAAAGGUGUAGCCAACCCAUACCUUGCAGUACAUUCAACAAUGACGGAUCCUUAUUCGCAUAUGCGGUCUGUUAUGAUUGGAGCAAGGGUGCAGAAAAUCACAAUCCAACCACAGCCAAGAACUACAUCUUCCUGCACAUACCACAGGAAUCUGAGGUUAAAAGCAAGCCAAGAACUGGAGCAACAGGUAGAAAGUGAGGGCUCUGUUAAAAGGGUCAGAGUUUUGGAGAAUUCGUUACAGAGAUUUGAUACGCGAUUCAACAGAAUCAGUCAUUUGAUGUUUUGGCGAAAUCUGCUAAGAUUGCUUCUGAUAUAAGAUUUUCUUUUUAGGGUUGCCAAUCUUUUCUAGUUUGCCAAUGUACUGAUAUAUUGAUUUGAGGUUAGGUUGAUUCCCUUUAAUCACAUGUACAGAUUGGUUCUGAUAUCUUUUUGAAAUUUUUGGAUGGAUCUGAUGGAUUCUUCUUUCAUUCAUAACUAAAGGUGUGCAAUUUUUGUUUGGG